CCUCGCAAAUAAUCACAACACACCAGCAUUCUCAAUCCCUAUUUCUUCAGUAUGAGUCGUUUCUCUUACUUAGCAUUGUUUCCCUGCUUCCUUCUUUUUGCCCAUUUCUUCACCUUAAGCAACGCAGCUACUUUCGAAAUCCGAAACCAAUGCCCUUACACUGUCUGGGCCGCGGCAGUUCCCGGUGGUGGCCGAAGACUCGACCGAGGCCAAUCAUGGACCAUCACCGCGAAAGCCGGAACAACACAAGCCCGUAUUUGGGGACGGACCAAGUGCAAUUUCGAUGGGGCCGGGCGAGGGACGUGUGAGACAGGUGAUUGCAAUGGGCUCUUGCAAUGCCAAGCCUUCGGGAAACCCCCUAACACACUGGCUGAAUAUGCCUUGAACCAAUACAACAACUUGGAUUUCUUCGACAUAUCUCUUGUUGAUGGGUUUAAUGUUCCUAUGGACUUCAGUCCAGUAUCAGGCAGCUGCCGCGGAAUUAGGUGCGCAGCUGAUAUCAAUGGACAGUGCCCAGGUCCGCUCAGG